AUGAAUGACUUUGCCAGAUACAUGGUACGCCGUGAGCUCAUUAACACCAGCCUCUCAAGGUUUGACGACUGUCCAGAGAGCUACAGGGCCUGGAGAUCAACCUUCAAGGCUACUAUUGCCGAUCUCAACCUUACUGCUAAGGAAGAACUUGAUUUGCUCAUAAAGUGGCUGGGACCAGAAUCUGCAGGUCGUGUUAAAAGACUCAGAACAGUACAUGUUGACCACCUAGAUGCAGGUCUUGUUGCUGCAUGGACAAGACUUGAGCAAGCCUAUGGAAGCUCUGAAGCCAUAGAAAGCUUUCUAUUCAAGUUCAUUAGUGAUCUAGCAUGGAUGAGACACUACCCCAUUUUCAGCUUCAGUGAACCCAACCUGCCUGCUUCAUCCUUACCAUCAUUAAGAGACUUUUAUGUUGACGAUGGACUUAAGUCUUUACCUGCAGACGAACUAAGCCAUAGGACACUGCUCCAAAGGACACAAGGUCCUGAAUUCCUGCUGGAUCACACAGAAGAGACCACGGCUGACGUCUUCAGUCUUCUAGAACCUGACAAAGAUCCAGAGACCCCAACUAUCCUUACCCCAGCUACCCUGCUUACCCAGAAGCUUGGGUCAAUUCCUGUUCCACCUGGUAACUUUAAAGACGGAAAUCUGUGCUUUGAUCAAUGGAAGCAAAUGACAAAUCAAGGGGAAGAUCUGACCGAUAUUAAAGUGGAGGAUGAAGAAGAGCGGAUGAUGGUUGAUCCGCCAUGUAAGAGUGAGGUGGAGGAGGAGGACAUUCCAGGAGAUGUCACCACAGGAAAUCUCAGUAAGAAUUCUGAAGGAAACUUCAUGUUAUCACUAGAUCAUAAAGUAGAAGAUGAAGAUAUCAUGCAGCGCUCCUCAGGAGAAAACCUCAUUAACCUUAUUGCACAUCCAGGACCUCACAGUACAGAUCUAUCAUAUAAUCCCUCUGAUCACGAGAAACCUUCUCCUGACCAAUCACAGUUUGUUACCACAAGUACAGGUCAGAUAGGGGGUGAGAGAAGUCACACAGGAGAGAAACCAUAUUCAUGUUCAGAAUGCGGUAAAUGUUUUACACGGAAAUCAAAUCUUGUUACACAUGAGAGAAUUCACACAGGAGAGAAGCCAUAUUCAUGUUCAGAAUGUGGGAAAUGUUUCACACAGAAAUCAAAUCUUGUUAAACACCAGAAAUGUCAUACAGGAGAGAGGCUGUAUUCAUGUUCACAUUGUGGGAAAUGUUUUGCGCAAAGAUCAGAUCUAGCUAGACAUAUGAGAAGUCACACUGGAGAGAAACCGUAUUCAUGUUCAGAAUGUGGGAAAUGUUUUACAGAUAAAUCAUGUCUUGUUCAACAUCAGAGAAUGCACAAAGGGGAGAAGCCAUACCACUGUUCAGAAUGUGGGGACUGUUUUAUUACUAAAGCGAAACUUUGUUAUCAUCAUCAGAGAAGGCACACUGGAGAGAAACCAUAUUCAUGUUCAGAUUGUGGGAAAUGUUUUAAUGAUAAAUCAAAUCUUGUUAAACAUCAGAAAUUACAUCCAGAGUGACAUGGGGAGAAGUAACGACGCUCCAUGUAAUAGUUUUAUAACGUAUGUGGACAUAUUAAUAUUUCAUCUUCAUCCAAACAGUAUUUACAGAUAAAAUAAACUCUUCUAUUUGCUUGACGACAGCGUCACCAUUGUCACUGACAGACAUUGUCUUCUUGGCUAAUAUUAUACUUUCUCCUCGCACUGUGACCUUCAUUGC